UUGUAUGACACUAGACGGGCACCGGGAGACUUGUGCAUCUCAGCUCCUACAGGAAGCGGUAAAACCCUUGCAUAUGUAUUGCCUAUUGUGGAUAUCUUGUCCAAGCGCGUAGUCACUCGCCUAAGAGCCCUGAUUAUUCUUCCCACCCGUGAUUUGGUUGUUCAAGUAAAAGAAACCUUUGACGCUUUUGUACAAGGCACGGAUCUCAAAGUUGGUACAGCAACUGGUCAACAAUCAUUUGCCCAUGAACAACAAUCUUUAGUUGGAAUGACAAAAGACAGUUACCCUGGUGGUUCUAGCCGAGUUGACAUCUUGAUAGCCACUCCUGGUCGUUUGAUGGAUCAUCUCAAAGAUACACCCAAUUUCUCGUUGGAACAUCUCCGGUUCCUGGUUAUUGAUGAAGCCGAUCGACUUUUAAACCAGAGUUUCCAGGAUUGGUUGAACCAAGUCUUACAGGCCACUCGUCCAGGAGACCCUAGCCAGGAACCACUUGAAUUUAAAACCAACACAUACGGUGUCCCGGAAGCAGAUGCCAUUGCACCAAGUUACCUGAGGUCCCAUUACAAUCUACCAAAGACCGAUCUUGAUUUGACAAAGGCACCUGCAAUCCAAAAACUGCUGUUCUCUGCAACCCUAACCAAGGAUCCUGCCAAAAUUGCGGGUUUGCAUUUGACGGAUCCUGAAUACAUUUCGGUCCAGGUCAUAGGCGACGACAGUACCAGACCCGAGUACACUACCCCAGCAGGCCUUAAGGAACAUAUGGUGGUCUGUAAUGCCGAUCAGAAACCCCUUAUGAUGAUCUACUUGCUGCACCAGGUUGGCAUCACAUCUGGCCUGUGUUUCACAAAGUCUGUUGAAUCUACCCAGCGUCUACAGCUCCUCAUUGAAGCCUAUGAAGAGCUUAAUGAAGGUAAAAAGACACGAGUGGCAGAGUACUCAAGUGACCUUUCGGUGUCUCAGCGUAAAUCUUUGAUGAAGAAAUUCCGUGCCGGAGAAAUUGAUUUGAUGAUUUGUUCCGAUUUGAUCGGUCGUGGUAUUGAUCUUGACUGUGUUGACACUGUGAUAAGUUACGAUGUUCCACUGUUUAUGGACAAGUAUAUCCACCGUGUGGGUCGUACAGCAAGAGCUGGCCGAGAGGGUCAGGCAUACACAAUUGUAGAGAAACAAGAGGCUCGUCACUUCAAGGAAAUUCUGAGAGAUGCUAGUCACCUGUCGCAAGUCAAGACACUGAGAGUUGAGAAAGAAGACCUUGCCCGUUAUGAGGAAAACUACAAA